CGUCCUUUUGCUCGAAGCAAAAACCACCACACUUUGCUCAGACAGGCACCAUACUUCCGCUAACAUUCCAUUGGUAGUUUGGUACUACUAUUAUACUACUCCCUAGUAAUAAUUUACAAUAAACCAACAAACAAAGAACAUAGGAAGUAGCAGCAGAUUAACUCUUCAGCAUAAAACAAGCAAAAAAUGGAGCUUUGAAACACUUCAAGAUUGCAACUUUUUGCUUCAAUGGAGUGUCUACUCCCAACCCCUUUUUCAUUUUCUUCUUCUUUUUCCUCACCAAGCUGGUUUUCUCCAUUUCUAGUACUAAAAAAUAGUAGUAAACUUGGUUUCAACAGAAAAUUAUGUAGCUUUAACAGAAAUGGAAGUAGGUCCACGAGUAUGAGUCAUGAAAUGGAAAGCUCUGUUUUUUCUUACAAGAAGUUGAUUCACUUUGCUUUAGAAGAAACCAACUCACAUACCCAAUUUGUCCCUUCUCCAUUACAGGAGAAAUACAGCUCUUUGUUGGCCAUGGAUGACGAAACGGAGCUACAGAUGCUGUCUUUUGAAGCCCCUAAAAUUCGACUUCUUCGCAGUUUGUGUAUUGAAGGGAGCGACGGCAUGCAGGUAUUGGAUUUUGCUGCAUUCCCAAAACCGGAAUUUGAUCUGCCUAUCUUCUGUGCGAACUUUUUCACUGCUGCUAAGAUGAACAUAAUUGUACUGGACCUUAACCCAUUGCAUGAUGUCAUGGAUCAAGAAGAUUACAAAGAGAAGUACUAUAAAGGCUUGAUUCCUUUAGGCCUCAAGUAUUCUGAGCUUUUACCCUGGGGAGGGAAGCUCACCAGCGAGUCUCUGAAAUUCUUUUCCCCAAUAGUCAUAUGGACGAGAUUCUCAUCUAGCCCAUACAACCAUUCAGUUCUGUUUUCUGCAUUCAAGGAUUAUUACAAGGCAUGGCUUGAGCUAAUGGACAGAUCAGAAGAGGAAACUGAUGCUUCUCAAGUUGAUCGCAAUCGCGAAGCUCAGCAUAGAUACUUGACAUGGAGAGCAGAAAAAGAUCCAGGUCAUGGAGUUUUGAAAAGACUGGUAGGGGAAGCUCUUGCCAAGGAUGUGAUUAGUGAAUUCCUAUUCAAUGGUGUUAACAAGCUUGGUAGCAAAACAUUUCUUGAUUACUUUCCAGAGUACAGAUGUGAAGAUGGUAGAGUAAACGAAAAGCGCAGCAUGAUUGGAAAAUCAUUUGAAAGUCGACCUUGGAAUGCAAGAGGAGAAUUCAUAGGUAAUAGGGUUAGCUAGUCUGAUGUAAUUUUUGCAAUUUUCUUUAUUUAUUUUUUACCUAGUCGCCAAUUCCAACUCGCUUGGGAUUGAGUCAUAAUUGUUGUUGUUGUUGUAGUAGUAGUAGUCGCCAUCGUCGUCUCUGUCAAUGUUAAUCUUGACUGAGAUGCAAGAGGAGGAGAUCCAUAGGUGAUAGGUUGGAUCAUCUGUUGUAAUUUUCAUAAGCUCUCUUUAUUUUUCUUUAUUCAGUCUCUUUCAAUGUAAAAGUGUUCAUUCUAUCCCCUAAUCACUUUCUUCAUUCCCCUCUAA